UGAGGCGUCAUAGUUCUAAAUGAAGACCUUCUAACUCCCAGGGCAGAGUUGAAAUGGUUUGAAUUAUUUUUACUGGUUAGCGUUUUUUUUGGCGAGUUAGUUUUCUAGGGGAUGGGGUCGCUAACCCCAUGCCCAACCCUCCUUUACCCGGGCUUGGGACCGGCAGUAACUCUAGAAGAGCUACAGGCGAAUGUUUUGAAUAUUACAGUAGGUGUAAAAUGCUCAUAUUUCCAUUUGUUCGCUAUCAUACCUUAAAUAAUGACGUUAUUAUUAAAUAUCGUUUUAACUGUUACACAACCCUAUAAUUAAGUCAGAUUAUGGUGAUGUGUGACUUCAUUAUAAAUCAUAGAGGAAUGCGAUAAUUUUCUGCCAACAAUAUUUAAAGUCACCGUCUCGAAAAAGAAGAAAGAGAUAACUUUUAGAGAGUUCUCGUUUGAUAGGGAUUUAAAUGAACACUAGAGAUAGGAACACAAAACGUAUGUUUCAGCUGCUUCCACAGUAAUAUGUUUAUUUAGUGUGAAGUGGUGGACAUUCAAAUCUUCCAUUCGAUUUUCUCAAGACCUAGUUGGACGUUAAUGCACAGCAUCUUAUAAAUAUGCUGAAUUUCUCAAAUACAUUUUAAUUUAGCGAUUGACCUUCAAAAUGUAGAGCUAUCAAACCACUUUUUUUCCAAUAUUUUAGAUGAUAGACACCGUCUCUAUUUUAGAUUUGUAGUAUAACAGCAGGUUAACAGGUCAUCCAAUCUAUUAGAACGAUAAGAUAGAAUUUCUAUUUGUCGUAAAUAAGUUCUGAAGAGAUUGGUGCUUUGAAUUUCAGACUUUCAGUUAACCCUCUACUGUCGCCUGAAAAAUGGAGGUAAAAAUGAAACAGUAUACAUCCAAAUCCGAAUAACAUCAAUCAACUGAAAACCUAUUCUGAUAAAAUGCAGUCUUUUGAUAGCACUGAGCAACAAUGCUAGAAUGUUUGGGAUGCGCUUCUUUCCCUCUAAAUGCAAGUUGUUGCUUCAGGACUGGUCUGCGUCAACACCUGAACUAAGGAUGGGAGUGAAGUAGUCGAACGCGUUGACAACUUCACUUGUAGUGUUAGUCAUUAGUUUUAGCCCAUAAUAUAUCUUAUUCUAGUUUCCGGACAUUCCAUUCUAUUCGUUCUACUUGAGUCAUGUUUUGACCUUGUUAAUUAUUCGCUUAUUAGCCUUGACUGUUUUCAUGUGAGCGUAUAUGUCUGUACACUUCAUGUCCCAUGACUCAUCACAUGUCUGUAGUUUAUUUUGUCUGCCUAUAAAUAUUGAGUAAUGCCCGGCUUGAAAUGGAGUUGGCUUCCCAGCCAUCUUCCAUACGCUCUAAAUGGAGUCAGAUUCACGUCCACAAAAUUGGUGAGCCCUCAUGUCAAUUUUGUGGACGUGAAUCUGAUCAGCUUAAUGGGUUGGUGUCUGACGAAAUCUCAGCACGGAUUCGAAAAGCUCGUUUGGCUUUUGCCAAUUUACGUCACCUAUGGCGAAGGCGAAAUAUUCGUCUAUCAAUUAACGGACAAGUAUACUGCGCGGUAGUUCGUUUUGUUUUACUUUACGGCUGCGAAACGUGGCCAUUAAGAGUAGAAGACACUCGUAAGCUACUAGUAUUUGACCACAGAUGUCUUAGAAAUAUUGUUCGCACCUGCUGGGAUCACCGGGUAGGUAAUCGGGAGGUUAGAUGCACAGUAUUAGUGAAUGAUGGUAAAUCAAUUGGUGAGGUGAAUUUUCGUCGACUGAGAUGGUUAGGCCACGUGUCACGUAUGCCUGAACACCGCUUACAACGACGCCCAAUGCUGACCAAUGUCGGGGAUGGUUGGAAGAAAAUUAGGUGUGGCCAAACCAAAACGUGUCAUCAGUGCUUGAAGUCACUAACUUCUAGUUUGGGUCAUGUUGGUAGAUGCAGAUUACUUGGUUAGGGUCCGCGUGCCUAUCGUAACCAAUGGUUGGAGACUCUGGUUGACAUGGCUCGGAAUCGAUCACAAUGGUGUAGAUGUAUACACUUUCUAUCUUCCCUUCAACUAUGAGGUCAAAAUUACUUUAUAUCUUUCUUUCUGUAUUAUAUCCUUAUACACAAUCUUUCUUUUAUAUAUUACUACCAUUGAAGUAACUACUUCUAUGAAUUUGGUAUUCAUCUUGUUGUGCUAAUGAGGUAUGGCAAAUUGGACCGAUGCAUAUAUGUGCCUGAUCCUACGUUGUAACUAACUGACAGAUUUACAUUUGAGAGGCAAAAACGUUUAAACAUUUUUUGAGAUUAGUUGGCUUAAAUUACAAUCCAACUACAUUACAACAUCUUAUAGAUGAUUUCGCUGCAAAUGCUGUAGCGAUUCAUCAUUUCAAAACUGAGCAAAAGCUUCGCACCAAGCUGUCUUCAUAUCAUGACUCUACUACCUAAUUUUUCUUACCGUCAUUCAGUUAUUUAUAUUUAAUCCUAAUGUUUUUAAUUUUUAGUCGUUUUUUAUUACCACCUUCAUGUUUAGAAUGUAUUCUUUAUAUUUCUCAUACUACUUAAGUAGAUAAUUAACUUUCACACAUUUCGUUUUACCCUACUAUUUCGCUCUUAUUUCUCGAUAGUAAGGGAACCCUAUUUCGAUUCUUGAAGUUGUGUACUAUUUAUAUUUUUCUACAGACUAAGAACAGUAAUAGGUGUCAGUGAGCAAGCAAGCGACAGACAUUUGAAAUUCGGACCCCGACUCUCCAACACGUCGAUAACCCCUCAGCCUAAAAUGGCAAUCUGUUACUGCAAUAAACCAACUGACUGAAUAUAGAACAUCCAAAGGGGUAACAUCGAUUUAACGUAGAUCCAAAUGUUACAUUAUAAAAUCUUCGUAACAUAGUAUAAAAUGUUUAGAUGUGAAUAUUCAAAUCAUGUGUUAUUCCACGUAGAUGGUCUAGUGUCGUUCUGUUCAAGUAAUAUUCUGCGAACAGUUUGAAACAUACAACUAUUUCCUUAUACUUUCUUAUUAUAUGUUGCUGUUGGAUUUCUGCAACAGACUGUUCGAUUUUCAAUCCAUUCCUUUUUCAGAAUAUCAAUAAAUUUCUAUAUACUCGUAAUAAGUCUUGGUUAAUAAACACUCGACUCGAUUUCCUAGCUGCUCCUAAGAACCCCACACUGAAUCUAUACGGCAACUUGAACACAAGACUGAUAAGGAUUAAUUUAAUUCCUAAAUCAAUUAAAAUGAUUUAAGAAUACAUAUUUUAUAUAAUUCAUUUACAAUUAGAUUUGUAUAAAUUGAGUUGUGUUUAACAAUAAUAAUUCAGUAACCUACAUUAUGAACACAUUUGCUAUAUUAUACAACAUUCCCGACCGAAGCUGCUACCUUGAAACGGUGGUCGGGCUUGCCUAUCGUCAUGACCCAACCGAGCUAUAAUAGCUGGAACAUAUCUUCCUGUAGGUUCUACCAUGCCAGACAGGUCGAUUGGAGAACGGUAAGACUAAAAGCAGCAACUCAAGAUCUGAGGGCGAAGUCGUACUGGUGACUGUAGAGGGGUGUGACAGCAGUAAGGUGUUUCCCUCAGACAACCAGCAUCUGCAGCGACGCUGCCUUCCCACAAGGAGGGGUGAGGUUAGAAAAGGUCGACCCUAAAAAUGUCACACCUCACCUUACCUCACGGAUUUCCGUCUCCGGCGGUAAGGCCCUUUCAAGAACGGAGCUAACACAUUAAAAACCUUCCACGAAAAGGCCAUGCGCGACCGGCCUCAAGCAGUUGUCCCUUGGGCUCUGCGGUCACGCUCCCGGUCAUUAAGACCAACACUAAUCCAAUUUCCUUUUCAGGUUCCUCAAGAAAUACCCUUCCACGGUGUGGACAGCCGGGAAGUGAUAUCAGCCCUCAUACUCGUAACAGCACACGAGACCAAGUUGGUCACAUUCAAAUCCUUCCUACACCUCCUAAUACCUCUCUUAUCUCCAUGGCUAAUCCUCCUCACGUCUCUUUAUCACCUCGCACCGCUAGGGCAAAUGAUUCGAGUACGCGGAACGCUAUUCCUGGUCUCCUGAAAUCACGCUCUAAACUACACGUAGGAGCUUUUAACGUCCGAACACUGUGCCAAACAGGACAGCAGGCUUCCUUAGCUAGGACUUUAGAAUCCCGCGCCAUCGAUGUGUGCUGCGUCUCCGAAACGUGCAUACAGGAUCCGAGUAGCGACAUCCAUUUGACCUCACCAUGCCAAAAUAAAGAACCGACUCAAUUCAUACUCUGUGUAUCUGGAAGCCCUGAUUCUGCUUCCCGUGGCCUCGCCGGCGUAGGCAUAGCUUUGAGUCCUAGGGCAGAACUAGCUCUCUUAGAGUGGAUCCCAGAAGACAGCCGUUUGUGCGCUGUCCGACUAAACGGAACAGUAAGGACUCGGAAAGAUGGGGACACUCAUCGUCUCCGUCUAUUCUCCCACUGACUGCAGCUCAGAUGAUGUAAAAGAUGAGUUGUACAGAAAGCUCUCCUAUCUUCUCCGAAAAGCUAGGCGCUCGGAUGUAGUAAUAGUGGCCGGUGACUUUAAUGCUCAAGUAGGUAAACUAAGCGAUAGGGAAAGACACCUGGGUGGAUCUUAUAGCAUCAUGGCUCAAAGAACAGAUAAUGGCGACCGUCUGUUGCAGCUAUGCUCAGAUAACCGCCCGUUUCUUGCUAAUACUAACUUUAAGCAUAAGAAAAAGCAUCUUUUAACAUGGAGACCACCUAAUUCGUCCCAACGUUGGACCCAAAUAGAUCACAUCUCCAUCAGCCACCGAUCGAGGGACUCGAUAGAAGACUGUCGCUCAUUCUGGAGCACUGAUGGAUGCUCGGAAACUCAUUCCACCUGGCUCUGAACAUAAUGAAGAGCGGAGUCAGCUUAAGCGCAAGCUGACAAGAAGUCUACGCAAUGAUCGUGAACAGUGGUGGGUAGCGAAAACAAGAGAGGUGGAAAAGGCAGCGGCAAUAGGUAACAGCAGACAAUUGUUCAGACUUGUUAAGGAAACCGUUAUUAGGAACCCGACUGUUAGCGAAACACUCUCAGAGAAAGAUGGACAUAUUAUACAUUCUCAAUCCAGGAGAUUGGAUCGAUGGACAGAACACUUUAGGGAUCAGUUCAACUGGCCUUCAGCCACACUUCGGUUUCCCGCGGUCUCCAGUUAACCUGAAUGGCAAGUUAAUGUAGGUCCUCCGACUCUACGAAGUUGAAAAAGCAAUAGGAAAUCUGAAGCGAGGGAGACCAGCAGGCCCGUAUAGGUUUACUCCUGAGAUUUUUAAGGAUGGUGGUCCAGUAUUAGCAGUGGGAUUAACUGAGGUUUUAGGUAGAAUUUGGGAACUGGACGUAAUCCCAACUGACUGGUCUCAAUCACUGACUGUGCCAGUCUAUAAGAAAGGACAAAAGUCCUCUUGUGACAAUCAUAGAGGAAUCAGUUUGACUAAUGUAGUGUCUAAAAUAUUUGCUUCAAUAAUGCUUCGACGCCUAACUAGAGCUCGUGACGAGGAGACUAGAGAAAACCAGGCCGGUUUUCGACCUGGACGUGGUUUUAUAGACCAGAUAUUCACACUACGUCAGGUCCUAGAACAUAGACACUCAUUUGGACGUCUCUCAAUAGUAGUAUUUCUUGACGUUAAGGCGGCAUAUGACUCUGUUGAUCGUAAGGUUUUACGGCAGUGUUUGUCACUGAAAGGAGUACCAAAGAAGUACAUUAACCUUAUAAAGGCUCUCUACUCGAACAUAACUGGUCGAGUGAGAGCUUAUGGUGAACUGUCAUCAGAAUUGAUUACCUCAAAUGGUGUUCGUCAGCGCUGUUCACUCUAUCCAAUUUUAUAUAGCUUUGUCGUUGACGUGCUUUUAGAGAUAACACUUUCCUCAUCUAAAUUUCCAGGAGUUGAACUUUCACUGGGAGAUUCACUUGUUGACUUAGAAUAUGCUGACGACAUAGUUUUAUUUGGUGAAGAUGCUGACAAAAUGCAGAGUUUUCUGAUCACCGUAAGCAACAAUGCAAGCAUGUUCGACAUGCGAUUCUCCCCUCGAAAUGCAAAGUGUUGCUUCAGGAUUGGGUUGCAUCGACACCCGAACUAAUGAUAGGGAGUGAAGUAGUUGAGCGUGUCGACCGCUUCACUAAUCUGGGAAGUCUCAUCAGCCCUUGUGGUCUGGUGUGUGACGAAAUGUCAGCACGGAUACAGAAGGCUCGACUAGCUUUUACCAACUUGCGUCAUUUAUGGCGUAGGCGAGAUAUCCGUCUAUCAACCAAAGGACGAGUUUACUGCGCAGCAGUUUGUUCCGUCCUAGUUUAUGGCAGUGAAACAUGGCUGGUCAGAGUAGAGGAUAUCCGUAGGUUACUAGUAUUUGAUCAUAGGUGUCUUCGAAAUAUUGCUCGUAUAUCCUGGGACCAUCGAGUAAGUAACGCAGUUGUUAGGAAACGGGUACUAGGUAUGGAUGGCAAAUCAAUUGAUGAAGUGGUGAAACUUCAUCAGUUGAGAUGGCUGGGACACGUGUUACUUAUGCCCAAUAACCGACUGCCCCGACGAGCGAUGUUUUGUUGCAUAGGAGUAGAUUGGAAGAAAGGUAGGGGCGGCCAGACUAAAACGUGGCUCAAGUCCAUGAAGUCACUGACAAGUGGACUGAGCCAUGCUGGGAGGUGUAGACUACCUGGUUGGGGACCGCUAGAUGACAGCAACCGAUGGUUGGAGACCUUGAAUGACAUGGCUCAAAAUCGUUUGCAAUGGCGCAGGUGCAUACACUCUUUGUGUUCUCCCAAAUUCUAAUCUUCUGAAUUCUUCAUGUCCCUUUCUUUUUUCUUUCUAAAUUUAUUUCACUGGAUUAUACUCCUUGAAUAACAUCUUCAGACCCUAAUUUUUCUGAUUACAGCUUAUAAUUUUCCUACAUCUAGCACUACCGGAUUUGAAUCGACAACUGCAUGUCUGUGCUAUUGUGAUGUGACAACUCGAACUGAUGUACGUACGUACAAAGUUCUACGUUGUUACUGACUGACUGACUGAUUAUACAACGUUGAUAGUUCGUCCUAAGAUGUGAAUACAUAUCAUAAACGCUUGGAAGUCAGUACCUGGAUGAGCGGUACAACAGACUGGCUGAAGCCUCCAUGCCACCUCUCCACUGCUUUGUCCGUUUCAGGAAGGGUAUCCACAACAGAGGGUGAACCGAACGUAUUUCACACCACUAGAAAUAUUAUCCUAUCUACUAAUCUUCACCUUCAUUAAUGUGCCCCUUUUCGAUGGUUUCUCUUCUUAAUGGUCACUCUUACUAGUGUGAACCUAGUUACACAUAUCCUUUAGUUUGUACGUGUAAAAUGGUAGAUGUGGUUCGCGAUGAUAAGACGCAAGUUGUUUCUGUGAUUAUUGUACAUUCUUUCAGGUACACAGGCUCUUUUUGUGAAAAACAUUACAGAAUAGGUUUUCAGUUGAUUGAUGUUAUUCGGAUUUGGAUGUAUACUGUUUCAUUUUUACCUCCAUUUUUCGCGACAGUAGAGGGUUAACUGAAAGUCUGAAAUUCAAAGCACCAAUCUCUUCAGAACUUAUUUACGACAAAUAGAAAUUCUAUCUUAUCGUUCUAAUAGAUUGGAUGACCUGUUAACCUGCUGUUAUACUACAAAUCUAAAAUAGAGACGGUGUCUAUCAUCUAAAAUAUUGGAAAAAAGUGGUUUGAUAGCUCUACAUUUUGAAGGUCAAUCGCUAAAUUAAAAUGUAUUUGAGAAAUUCAGCAUAUUUAUAAGAUGCUGUGCAUUAACGUCCAACUAGGUCUUGAGAAAAUCGAAUGGAAGAUUUGAAUGUCCACCACUUCACACUAAAUAAACAUAUUACUGUGGAAGCAGCUGAAACAUACGUUUUGUGUUCCUAUCUCUAGUGUUCAUUUAAAUCCCUAUCAAACGAGAACUCUCUAAAAGUUAUCUCUUUCUUCUUUUUCGAGACGGUGACUUUAAAUAUUGUUGGCAGAAAAUUAUCGCAUUCCUCUAUGAUUUAUAAUGAAGUCACACAUCACCAUAAUCUGACUUAAUUAUAGGGUUGUGUAACAGUUAAAACGAUAUUUAAUAAUAACGUCAUUAUUUAAGGUAUGAUAGCGAACAAAUGGAAAUAUGAGCAUUUUACACCUACUGUAAUAUUCAAAACAUUCGCCUGUAGCUCUUCUAGAGUUACUGCCGGUCCCAAGCCCGGGUAAAGGAGGGUUGGGCAUG